AUGUCAGAAGAUCAUGACAAAGAUGGUGCCGAUAGUGAUAUUCAGUUUAAUGCCAGUCAGUGCAAAAAAUCGAGUGCAGAAUCUGAGAGAGCAACAGAGACAGUUCAGGAAGAAUGUGUUGAAACAAAAAGUGCCAAUACUCCUACCGAUGUCCAAACUAGUCCCAUAAGUAGCAAAGAAAAUAUUAAGUGUAAUUUAAAUGAUAACAAAGAUUCGUCGGGUAGAAAUGUUAAGCAUAAAGGAACGCUUAGUUGGACUCUCGAAGGCUCCGAGUUUAAGUUAUCAUGGAAGCUGCCAGAUGGGUCAACCUCAACGGAAGAUUACAUCGCAUUAUGUUACGCAGGUUAG